UGAAUGCCCUGGGAGGGAGCAGCAAAACCAUCUGUCAAGCUCCCCUUCCUCUCCUGUGCUACAAAUACUCCCCAGCUGAGGGUCUCUUGGUACCCACCAGCAGCUGCAGCCCUUGGCCCCACAAACCUGCGAGCGGAGUGACCCACAGGAGCAGCCUCUCCCACACCAGGAAGUGAGUGCCACGUCCCACUCCUGCUCGCCUGCCCUCACAGCCACCCGGACCCGCUGGUGUGACAGGGCAUGGCAUGGCCAGCAGCAGGGGCCUGAGGGCAGGGACAUGGGCAUCCUCCCCGUUUCGGAGUGGGCAUCCUGGAACGCAUCCUUUGGGGGUCCGGGCACUGGGAGCGGGCCCCUCUCCAGCCCCUGGUACAGCACACACAAGACUCAGCUCUUGGGAGUUUUACUUGCUGCUGCUUCAAAUUUUCUGAUUAGUGUCUCUCUGAAUAUACAGAAAUGCUCUCAUCUCCGACUGGCUUGCCAAACAGAGCCGAAGCCCUACUACACAAGCAAGCUGUGGUGGUGCGGGAUUACCCUCCUGGGGCUUGGAGAGGUGGGCAAUUUCACAGCCUACGGAUUUGCCCCCAUUGCCCUUGUCGCUCCGCUGGGAUGCGUAUCUGUCAUAGGUAGUGCAUUUAUUUCUGUCUUAUUCCUAAAGAAGACCAUGAGGGCUGCUGAUAUAUUGGGAGGAACACUGACAUUAACAGGGACAUACUUGCUGGUGGCAUUCGCUCCAGAUGUACCCCAAGAGCUCACAGCAAGACGAGUACAGACUUACUUAGUGAGCUGGCCUUUUCUGGUAUAUUCGAUCUUAGAAAUUAUAAUAUUCUGCAUUCUUCUCUAUUUUUACAAAAGAAAGGCUGUGAAGCACAUCGUGGUUUUGUUAAUGAUGGUAGCACUACUGGCCUCACUGACUGUCAUUGCUGUAAAGGCUGUGGCCAGCAUGAUAACACUCUCUGCAAAGGGAAAAAUGCAGCUAACGUAUCCUGUUUUCUAUAUCAUGAUUGUUUUAAUGGCAACUUCUUGUGCUUUCCAAGUCAAGUUCUUGAAUCAAGCAAUGAGUCUGUAUGAAGCGACAGCAGUUGUGCCCAUUAAUUUUGUGUUCUUCACCACCAGUGCCAUCAUUUCAGGGCUCAUAUUUUAUCGGGAAUUCCAAAGUGCAGCUUUGCUGAACGUGUUCAUGUUUCUGUUCGGGUGUCUCUUGUCUUUCCUUGGUGUAUUUGUAAUUGCAAGAAAUAAAAGAGAGGAGCAUUUACAAAUUCCUUUUAUUGACUGUGGACUUAUUCCUGGAAAAAAAAUGACAGGCAAAAUACAACCAGAUUCUCGCAGUUCAUGCUAUGGCACUUUGAAUAAUGAAGACAACUCAGUGAAAAGUCAAAGCUGAAAGAAAAAAGCACCUUACAUGUCAAUUAACAGGAGGAACACCACUGGAAUGAGGAUCAGCAGCACCUUUUUGUUGGACGUAUUCAAGCAUAUGUUGAACUCCUGUAUGUUGAUGAGUCAUAGUAUUAUUUAAUCCUACUUAAUUUAUCCCAUGUCUGUCCCAAAUGUGUUCUGAAGAUAAAGGAAGCCUUAAGAAAAACUAAAUAACCAUUAAUGAAAUGGAGCAUCCCGGUAGUAUCAACGCCGCUUGGUGAUAUUUUUAGAGUCUUAAUUGCCUUGAAAUGCAAAUAGGCACAGAACAGGAUUAUGAAAAUUCUCCUUUGAAGCCCCCCGGAUCUGUGUAGAUGCUUAAAGACAAAACUGGAAAAUGAGGAGGAUUUUCAUAAAUUACUUCAAAGUAUUCUGCUAUAUGUAUAAUACCUUUAAAAAUUGUAUCCUUCCUGCUCAAGAAUCAAAAAUGCGGGCUUAUAUACAGUAUACACAAGUAUAUACACACAAAGUAUUUUAUAUUAUGUGUAGAGGGAAAAUCUUAUUUUCUGCCAUCAGACUAAUUAUCUUACCUUCCAAGGAAAUAAGUACUUGUAUGAGGAGGGGGAAAGAAGAGAGCAGUUGCCACAGCCAUAGGCACGUGCACACACACACACACACAUGUUUGUGGUACCCAGCAAAGGCAGGGCGAGGGAGCCAGGCUUGACAUUUUACAUCCUCCCAGGAGACUCCUCUGCACUGGCCUGGAAUAUACUACCUGUUAGUAUAGCGUAGCCUGAGGUUUAGCCUCUUCUGGUUUUGGGAAAACAAGGUUGUAGUUAAGAAAGUGCGAAAUUCUCCAGAGGGACUGGGGUAGCCAGGCUCUCUCCCUCAAUGCGUCUUGGAAAAAUACUCCUAAAAAAGAAAAGUAGGACAACUGCUUCCUUCUUAAACUGCUGGUGAUCCAGGAUAAGGAACGGCUGUAAGGAACAGGGUCACAAAGAGUCAUGGUAACAGAACAAUUUUUCCUUCAUUAAACGGUAGUGUCUCCAUGCUGAUUUGAAGAGCCAGCAGUGAUGGGAACCAUGGCAAUACAGGCUCUGCAGUCAGGUCUGGGAGGUCUCUGUGUCCCUCAGUCCCUGCCUCCCAGCAAGAAAGCUUCUUCUGGGAGUUCAUCAUGGAUCUCUUUACCCCUGCCUGGUAGCACUGAUCUGUCUCAGAUGGCACAGCGAGGGUCAGGCACCUCCUCUGCAGAAAGAAGUGAAAGUGCUCUUGAAAAGCAUUUGUGUCUUGGACAAGAUACUUCUUUUAGGUUUGCAUUAAUCUGCAGUAAUGGUUAAGGGCCAUAGGCUGUAUGGAUUUUGCUUCAGUGGCAUAUGAGGAAAUGAGAUCUCCUUUUUUUCCCGGAAUAAUUUUUUAUUUCAUUUCAAAGUAGGUACAGUUGAAGGUACGUAACACAAUUUCAUUUCAAACCCUACAAAGGGCACAAAUUGCUGCAGUUUUUUCUAUGCAGCAAUAUCCUGGGAGCCAGGGCACAGGGUGGGGGGGUGUGAAGUUGUUUUCCAACCUGGACCUUUUCCAGCUGGCACAGGACGAGGCUCUGUGUCUGCACCUUACUUGUACCAGCUGCCUGCCUGUGGCCUUCCUUUCCCCUCUUACAGCUUGAGUUCAAGUUUCUAAAGCUUAAAAUAACAGAAAAAAAAAGCGCACAUUCUUUUUGUAUGCUUUCUCCAGGGAAUAAGGGCAUGCCUCUAUCUUUCUUUUGCAAGUCAAAUUUAAGCCACUUUCUAAGUCUCAACUGAGAAUGUGUGCUAAAGAUGCAAAUAGGAGGCCCACAGUUUUUCGUUCUGUCACCUCAGAAACAAAUGGGUGAAAGGAUUUGGUUUUAUUUCUUUUUUAAAUGAUUGGCCUUGGGCAUCUUUCCGAAAUCUGUUUCCAUGAUUCAGGAGGCUGGGUGAGAUAAAAUGGGUUACCUGGUAUAGGAUUUUCUCUUUAAAGCAGGAACCUCUAACCUCUUUAAGGUCCCUUCCAACCCAAACCAUUCUAUGAUUCCAUAAAUCAAACUUAAUAGUCUGUGGCAGGUUCUUAUUUAUUUUAAACUACUGUCUUUCUUCUUGAACAACACUUCUUUUCUUCCCGUGGGUUUAUAAAAAAAUUAGAAGGGUUAAAAUGUUUUCUGUAAACUUGAAUGUAAUUGAAAUUAAUUUAUGGAGCAAAAUACUGGUGGGAAUUAAGUGCAAUUAAAAUUUGUGAUUUGACAUGAUUUUUGAGAUGUGAGCAUGUUCCAACUAAUUAAUGUAUUACAAGAUUGGAAAAACUCAGAGAUGAGAAUUCAUUACUACUCUGCCAAGAAAGGGACAGGAUUUGUUUCAAGAAUCAGUUUCUAAUCAAUGUCAUUUUCAGAUUCUGCUUGUGAUAUUUAGGUUGCAAACACCACAGACAAAUGCCUGCUAAAAGAAAAGCCUUCCACUGGAAUACAAAAUGUCUCUGGAGCUCUUCUCUUUAAUAAUGAGUUAUUUUCUUGCGAUGUUUUUUCCUGACAUCAAAACCGUGGGCCAGACACAAAGCUGCAAAACUUGCACCUGCAGACUGAACUUUCUUGAACAGAUCCUCCACGGGACGUGAGGACAUCAAACCACGGGAAGGCGGGGUGGGCAGGCGGCGGCUCACGUGGUCCCCCAAGCUCCAGCUUGGGAUUUUGGACAGACCAGAACCAGCAGGACUCGUUUAGUGCUUGUUCCACUGCUGGUCACGCUGCGGUGAGAGAUGAAGUAUUAACUGGCCAUGGGCCUGGAAAUGGGAGCUCUGGAGCAGAGCGAAGCUGUUUCAUUUUUGCCAUAAAAUAUCAGGAUGCAUUUACCAAACGUUUUCAGCUGGCAAAAAAAAAAAAAAAAAUUAAAAAAAUUUUGGACUGGA